GUCGCACAUGCUAGCAAAAGUCAAACAUUGCGCAGAGUCAAGAUGCAGCCUCAGGAUCCGCUUGUCCCUUUCCAAUCUGUCCUCCGCGGCGCACGACCCCCCGCUGUCAUCCAGGCGUGUGGAUGACUUACUCAGUCGACAUGCGAUUUUGCAAUGUCCACGUCGGAUCUUUCUGGGGAUCUACCAGUCUCCUCUUUUUCCGCGUCAGCACUAUUCUAUUUGCAGUAGGGGAGUCGAAGGGGCGGGAUGACAUCGCUCGAUGCCAUGCGCCAGGCACGAUGCAGGGCACGCUGAUCCCCAUGGCUGUAAUUGUGGGUAUGGGUUUUGUUGGAAAUGCCAUCGGCGGUCGAUGGCGCGCCAGACGGGUGAUGCACGGAGAGUUUGUAAUUGACCGGUCAAUAGCGUCUGCUUUCUUCUCAAGUGGUCGCUCGGUGGUUUUGUCGCACAUUAAUCAGGAGAAAAGAAUACGUGGGGGGCCCCAGAGCCAUGCCUUGAGGAUCGAGAGAUCGUGAACGCGCAUGCAAAAGAACCGUUUUACGGGGUAAACCGGGUCGAAGGCCGCUGGAUUCUGUUGGCUGGGUGAGCUCUGAAGUUUACUGACCCAAGGUUCCUGGACUGUUUGACACAUGCGUGUGGCUGCGUCGUCUUUGGUUCGGCAAUAAGGUUCGU